CGCACUGGAAACAUGGCGGCUGCCAGUCCGUGCGAUUCUUCGCGCUCGGUGCCCACAAAUGUAACCAUAAAGACUGAGCCAGAAACCGAGGACGGGCUACUCUUCGGCUCGGAGGUUGUGCCGGUUAAGCGGGACCCCGUGGUCCCCCUCAUGGCGCCGGUGAGCGGCCUGCAGCCCCUCUCCUGGUCGCAGGACCACCGCCUGGCCGUGUGCACCUCCAGCUCCCUGUCGGUGAUGGAGCUGGUGUGCGAUGUACACAGCAACAAGCAGGACCUGACGCUGCACAGGACCUCCAUCCCCGUCCCGACAGAAGCCCACAAACUGAGGGUGGGACCAUCAGCAGAGCUCGCUCAAGCUGUGGAAAAGUUCUCGUUACAUCCGGAUCCCGCAGUCAGGCAAGUGUUUAUGGCCGACAGAGUGAUCAACCCGUCAGUAGGCGUGCACAAAGGAAUAAAGUAUGCCAGUUGGUCUCCGUUAGGUUGUGACUCUAGUGGACGCUGUCUGCUCGCCUGCCUCACACUCGACCAGAGACUUACAAUUUAUAACAGCCACAAGCGUCUUGAGUGGAACGCGUUAGUCGAUCUCACCAAAAAGUACAGCGAGAGGCUAAAAGAGCGAGCCUACGCCAGAAAAGACAACAAGCCGCCGCAGGCAAACCUCCUGGACUUGGACGAGCUGCAGCGGCGUUUCCGUAUGCAGACGCCGAUAAGGAUGGAGUGGUCGAGCAUUUACACAAUCAAACAGGUUCAGCAGGACAACACGUGUUUGGACGUGGAGAUGGUUCUCCUCGCUGUGUUGAUGGAAAACGGCGACCUUGUUUUGUGGAAGUUCGUGCUGCCCUUCACAAAUGGGGCAGAUGUUUUGUUUUAUGACAUUAUAGAAUCAGGGGUGAGCAGACCCAGCGACUUGGCGUGGUGGGAGUACGAGAACGCAGAUCGACGGAUGAGCGGCCUGAUCAUCGGCAGCGAGGUGGGACCCGUCAAGAUCAUGCCGGUCAGUCUGUCGGGAGUGAAGGGCUACUUCACCCUCCGACACCCCGUCAUCCUCUGGAAGGAGUGCGACGAGAUCGCCGUGGAAAACAUCAAAUGCGUCCCGAUGAUCCACCCGAUCCACAAAUCCAGCUGCAGCCUCAUCGUGGCUUCACGCGGCUGCUACGUCUUCUGGUGUUUGCUCAUGAUCUCACCAGCCGGACUGAAUGUGCACAACUCCCAUGUGGCUGGGCUGCACUCGCUUCCUGUGGUCUCGCUGGCGGUCAGUCAGCACGGCGUUGCAGUGUACACGUGCUCCAUAGACGGGUGGAUAAAGAAGCUGACGCCGACAUUCACUGAGAACACUUUGAUUUUCAAACAGGAGGACAUGUUGCGACCUGAGAACCUCGCCGGCAGGAGGAUUCACGGGAUCGCAGUGAGCCACAACGGAGCGUACAUCGCAACCGUCAGCACGCAAGGUAUGGUUGGUAACUUUCAUCCAAUUAACAGGACUUACCAGGUUCACUUUGUGACCCUGAAAACGCCAGAAGCUGCAGCAGCGCUACUGCUCAAGUCCCCCUCGCAGAACUUGUAUAAGAUGGCCGACCUGCUGGACCUGGUGAGGUGGCAGAUUCUGAGAACCAAAUGCAUCCCUGCGUCGCUGCAGGAGGAGCUCGAUCAGAAGAUCCAGGAGGCGGAUUCGCCCUACUUGUGGCGGUUCAAGCUCUUCCUGGUGCGUAUACUUCACCAGUCGCUACAGAUGCCUCACGUGGAAUACAGCUGGAAACCUACGCACGAGGAGAGCAAAGUGUUCGUAAGAGACGAGGAAGAGGAGGACAGAGAAGGCGACGAAGAUGCUGUGAAGGAGGAGGGCGAGGGUGGUGUUAAAGAGGAGAACCAGGAGGAGCAGAGGGCGGAGGUGCAGGCCUGGAUCAACGCUGUGGAGACCCACCUGAUGAGAGAGAACAUCAAGAAGGUGUUGGGGGUCGUGUACCUCAACACCUGGCUGGCGCAGAACAUCAGCAUCCCCACCUGUGGCCUGGUGGACUAUCUCUCCAGAGACACCGGCGACAGAGCAUCAGAGGUCCUGAUUGGCCACAUCAAGAAGAAGAUGAACAAGCAGACGUUCUCGGAGCGCUGCAGCUUGUGUCAGACUGUGCUGCCCUUCACAGACCACAAACAGGCCACCUGUGAAAACGGACACAUGUGGCUCAGGUGUGUGUUGUCAUACCAGGCCUGCCAGACGCUGACGUUCAGACGGUGCCUCCUGCUGGAUAGCAUCGCCAGACUGCCAGAGCCUGAGGAUCCAGAGUGGAUAAAGAAGAUCCUGCAGGCGCCCUGCACGCUCUGCGACUCGCCGAUGAUCUAGGUCUGAUCGAUCGGAGAAACCUCAGGGCUUCCUCCCCCCGCGACCUUCAGAGCUCCCCGCUCUGACGCCGGGUCCAAUUUUGUCAGACAUCACUGCUAAAAUAUUUUUUAUUUCAUGUAUUUUGUUUAAGUUUUUAUUACUUUAUAUUGGUAUCUUAAAAGUGCAAAU